CUUCGAUGUGCCUGCGAGCUCUCGAUUUUUCCCAACUCCCAUCCCUUGUAUUUGCCAUUGUGUCUCUUUGAGCUAUUUCCUUAAGAUGCUCACCCUCACCCACCAAUAAACAAAGAAUAAUCGGCGAAGACCUACCUCACGAAGACCAAAAAAGACGACCUCCGCCCAGAAUGUCCUCUAUCGCUCGCCCCCCGGACCCCUGCCUGGUCGCCAUCAUCCUCAUCGUCCGCUCGCGCGCCGGCCCCCGCUUCGUCUUCCACUACCCGCCCAACCCGCUCAGCGAGAACGGCUUCCGCUCGGCAUCCUCCUCCAAGGCGGCAUCGUCGUCCUCGAUCUCCUCGCGACGCGCCUCGCGCUCGAAAGCCACGUCCUCCUCCAAACGAGAUUUCAACGAGUCCAGUUCCAGUGAGGAGAGCGGGUCGUCUUCGGAUGAGGAUGAGGAGGAAUUCACCCUCUCCCAACAGCAACAGCUCAACCAGUUGUCAUCGUAUGUGGUUGGUGGGGGCGGGAAUAGUGGGGUGAAUAGUCGUCGGCCGAGUAGUUUUGGGCUCGGUGGCGGUGGUGGUGAUGAUGGAGGAGGAGGGACCGGGGGAGGACGAGCAGGGAUUGCUGGGUCGCCGGGUGCGGAGUCGCAGAGGGCUGGGUCUAUUGGAUCCGGGAGAGGGUUGUUGCGCGGUGGAGGAGGUGGAGGUGGGAGUACUGGGACUCAGGGUGAUGGCAGUAGUGGUGGUGGCAGUGGAGGAGCCAGUCGAGGUGGCAACGGGGCACGUCCGCCCUGGGAGACGUUGCUAGGACUCCCUGCUGAUGUCUGGGAGAAGCUGUUGAGUCCGUCGCGGUCGUGGCACAAACGGCGCUUCGAGGUCGGCAUCAACGACCUUGCCUUCGUGGGGUGGCCGGUGUUCGUUCGGGAGGACGGCAUGUGGAGGAAAGAGAGGCGCAAGAAGAGGAAGCCCCGUGCGACUUGGGAGGGAGGGGAGCUUGGUCAUAAUGAAAAGCCCGAGGAUGAUGACGAGGACGAUGCUCGAGGGGAGGCGGCCGCGGACCUCCUAGCGGCUUCAACGGAGACGUUGAGUCCCAAGCAGAUGACCCCCGCGGAAUCUCAGCGCGCCUCAAUCGCCAGCAUCCACUCGACCAGGGCGGCAAAUGAGUCGCUGGAUGGAGAUGAUAAGGAUUCCAUGACUAUGUUCAAUGUGGUUUUCGUGCUGGAUCCGCCGUUAUUGGAGUAUUCCAUGCGCCUUCGCGAAAUCUACGAUAACAUCAUUAAGAAGUUCUCCAAGGCGUUGAAGUGGGAGCAAGCGCGGACGGACUACGUGUGGAGGGAAGCUCGCCAUAUCUCACACAUCAAGGAGAAGGCGAAGGAAAAGGGAAUGUCCGUCAACAAUCUCUACUCAGACCUUGUUCACCAGUCAUCCCUGGCCAGGGCCAUCUACACCGUGUACACGAGCAUUUCAGCAUCAAAGAUUGCAUCCGUCACCCUGAGUGCGGACGUUUCCAUCUCCUUGCAAAUCCCCCCUUUGACAUCGACCCCAUUCCUCGCAGGACCGACUGAUAAGGCGUAUCCUGGCCUCUGGCUCACAACCGCAGACAGUGUCACGCCGGUUGAUGACCCUACUGCUGACGAGAACGCUGCCCCGCAUCAAAUAUUAGCCAAGCACUUCGCUUUGUUGCUACUGGACAACGAAGCAACCAUCCUAAAGGAUGUCGAGGCUUCUGGGGGUGCUUUGGCCCCUGCGCUUGCACAUUAUAUACGUUGCUCGAAACCUACCAAGUCAUUCGCCCAAAUCGCCGUGACCUCCGGCAUACCACUGUCCACCAUCCAGAUGCUUGCAAGCCAUUUGGUGUACUGGCGAAGAGCACGGGCGAUCCCCCCGCUUCAUCAGAGGGAUACCUAUGUUGUCUCACCAAAUUGCGAUCUGAGCAAAUUGGAAGUGGCGACAGCUGCCUACCAAGCGGCAUUCCCAACUCUGCCUAGUCUUCCUAAGAUGCUAUCGGCCAUGAGCGGAACCCCCAGGCCGUACGGAAGCUUUAUCCCCAGCAAAGACCACAAAGUCACAUACUUCGCCAUAUUGGCGUGGCUGCUGCGAGGUGGCUGGGUUACCCAGCUGCGCGCAUUUGCAAGGGUCAAAGUGUCUCCGGAGAUCAAGCUGGCGGUCGAAGCCGCCAUUCGCCGGGAAGAGGUCGACAAGUAUUUGAGCAAGAGCGUCGUCAAGGCGGACGCGGAGGACAUUGAUGAUGAUGCAAGCUCAUCCUCGUCAUCGUCCCUCGAUAGUCAAGAUAGCGGGGAAGAGACCCCGAUGCCUGGCCGGCACAAACCAGGAAAGAAGCUAGAUUUGUCCUAUUCGUUGCUGGAUCGGAAGACAUCGCUGAGGACGUCUUCUCUGCUUUUAUUCCCCCAUCGCGCCUCGCCGCUCGAGUCCAGAUGGUUGGAUGAGAUCAUGUCGCGAUUCCCUGAGCGCGAUGGACCAGGUACUGGUCGAGACGGCGUCAACUCCGAUGGCCCCGACGCGGACCUAGACCUCGUGGAGCUGCACCCAUCUUUGAAGAGAUACUGGCCUCGUUUCAUCAAAUAUUUCAACGGAUAUGACGCGCUGGAGAAGAUCUCGGUCCGCGAGAACUUGAAGCGCAAGUUGGUGUGGCAGCUUCUCACGCGUCUCGGACUGGUGACAGGGCAGCAGUCAUCCGUCGAGCUGGAUCCCAGAGAGCAAGUCCUGGUCAGUGUGCGUCAUUGGUGAGGACGAAUGGGGUGAUUAUAUUGAUGAUUAAUGAACCAUACACUUGGGAGUAAUAAUGGUAACUCAGGAAAGAAAGGAUUAAUUGACUAGCUUAGCAUAGUAUCCGCUAUCCAAUGCAUAACCUUUCAACAGAUAGUAAGCUACUGUUGAACGCUUCUGUCGAUCUUCACAAAUUGUACAACCCAAGCAACAACACAAUUGGGGAAAUAAGGCACGUGGACACAUUAGUGACGAGCAUCCACAAAUAGGCAACCCAUUUUCCCGACCGAAUAAUACACCGAAAAAACAUGCAGUAACGGGUACCCUACCCACGGCAUUACUUCACGGGCACUGAAGUAACCAAGGCGUGCUGAAACAGCCAAAAGAAUUAGGAGGCGGAAGGCCGGGAUUCCCGAAGUGUUCCGAGUUCGCACCGAAGAGGUCAGAAAGAGCGGAAAGGACAAGAAAAAUUU